AUGGCCCCAGCGAAGGAGAAAAGUCAUUUAAAACGAGGGAGGCCCAGCGCGGGAAACCAAGCUCCUCAAGAGACCAAAAAACCCCGACGCUCGGAGCGGAUAUCGUCCCAAUCCCAGGCAGCUCACCAAAAAAAUGUGUAUCUGCCCUCUCCGCUCACCCAUCAAGAGUCCACUGCCACCGAGCUACAGAAAGAAACGACGGUGACCCCGUCAGAGGGCUAUCCCGGCCAAUUCCGUCAUUACACUCCCGCCGCUGAGCUGCCCUUCUCAUCCCCCCCAGGAGAUACUCAAGCUCUCUCCCAGUUUGUUUUUCCCCCAAGAGCCCUUGCGGAUGAAGUGGACGAUGAGGCCGCCGAAGGUGUCUGGGGCUAUCUUAUUCCUCUCGAUGACAAGUUCGGAGACCCAUUGGUCUUGAAAAAGAGAGACACUUGUUCUUCGCCCGCCGUGGGUACCACAAAUCGCAGGAAGGGAUCUUCGAGAUCUAAACGAGGAAAAGUCAAAUUAGAAAACCUUGCUUCCCAAGAUCAUACCGGAGGCUAUCUCAUCGGGCGCCAUUCAGAAUGCGAUUUUGUCCUUGAUAUACCGACUAUAUCCAAUCGACAUUGUUUAAUAUAUAACGAAAACAAACGAGGUGAUUCCGUUGCUAUUCUGGAAGACUUGUCUAGCAACGGGACAUUUAUAAACGAGGCAAUUAUCGGGCGCAAUAAGCGCCGCGAACUAGAAGACGGAGACGAAAUAACUGUGCUGGAUGAAGCUCGUUUUGUCUUUCGCUAUCCUAAAAUAAGAGACACUAACAAAUUCCGACAGCAAUAUCGCAUCCUGCAGCAGCUAGGAAAAGGCCAUUUUGCCUCUGUAUAUCUGUGCGUGGAGAGGUCGACCGGUGACAAAUAUGCAGUGAAGCGAUUCGAGAGGCGCCCGGGAGACUCACAGCGAGCCGACAAUGAUGGCUUAAAACAAGAAAUUGCCGUGCUAAUGAGCGUUAAUCACCCCAACGUGCUCUGUCUGAAGGACACCUUCGAUGAGAGUGAUGGUGUCUACUUGGUCCUUGAACUUGCCCCCGAGGGCGAGUUGUUCAAUUGGAUUGUUGCGAAUCAAAAGCUUACGGAAAGUGAAGCUCGACAUGUUUUCACUCAACUGUUUAAGGGACUUAAGUAUCUUCAUGAACGGAAUAUUGUCCACCGGGACAUCAAGCCCGAGAAUAUCCUUUUGGUGGAUGACCGCCUUACCGUGAAACUCGCCGAUUUUGGUCUUGCUAAAAUAAUAGGGGAGGACUCGUUCACGACAACUUUAUGCGGAACACCCAGCUACGUAGCUCCUGAAAUUCUCGAAGAAAACCCCCGGCAUCGCAAAUACAGCCGAGCAGUGGACAUCUGGUCUCUCGGAGUGGUCCUAUACAUCUGCCUGUGCGGCUUCCCGCCAUUCUCCGACGAACUCUACACGCGCGAAAAUCCCUACACACUAGCUGACCAAAUCAAACUGGGCCGCUUCGACUAUCCAGCUCCCUACUGGGACUCCGUCGGGGACCCCGCGCUCGAUCUCAUCGACAGAAUGCUGACCGUCGACUUCGACAAGCGCAUCACUAUUGACGAAUGCCUGGAGCAUCCCUGGCUGACGGGGCGGGGCAAGUACCCCAGCAUCAAUGACAGCACAGACGGCUUAACUGGCGCGAUGGGCCUGCUUGAUUUCUCGAAACGUAAGAUGGCGCGUGAACGCACUCUGAUAAGUAGCAUCAAUGAUCUGCCAUCUAGCCAGGUUAUCGCAGAUCCAGCAACUGGUGGGCAUGGACAUAGGCAGGUGAGAGUGUUCGACAGGAACGAAGCUAGCAGACGAAUGCACAACCAUGCGCCGAGGGGGGGUGGCGGUGGUGGUGGGGAGCGAGUACGGCAGGAACCCGCACCUGCGGCAAAUCGGGAUCCGGCUAACUUCAUGAAUUUGGGUGGUCGCGGGGAUCCGAUUUUAUACAGCGAUGAUCAGGAUGAGAGGUAUACACGGGGAAGACGAAGUCUGUCCUACUUUUAUCUUCGGCAGUUACCUAUAGAUAGAUACAUUUCGGACAAAUUUUGUUUCUGGGCUUGGAUCAGGCAGAAGACCUAUAUAACUAUGCUGUCGACAUCCCCACAACCCUCCGUAGUCGGUCGACUCCUUCGUUCCGCCAAAGUCACCAUGGGGCUCCUUGCGGAUGCUAUUGUCCGCAUCUGCGCUCAUUGCUCUGCCGCGUCUCUCUGGGUGAUUCUGCUCUCCGGUUUCGCAACUUUUAUUGCCCUUUCUGUGGUAAUAAACGUUAUCCGCCAACUUCUCUUCAAAAAUCCCAAUGAACCUCCCGUUGUGUUCCACUGGUUCCCCAUCAUUGGAAGCACCAUCUCCUAUGGAAUUGACCCGUAUAAGUUCUUCCUAAGCUGCAAGGAAAAGUAUGGCGAUAUCUUCACAUUUGUUCUCCUUGGCAAAAAGACUACCGUGUUUCUUGGAACGAAAGGCAAUGAUUUCAUCUUGAACGGCAAACUCAAGGACGUUUGCGCCGAAGAGGUCUACUCACCACUCACCACACCCGUUUUCGGUAGACAUGUCGUCUACGAUUGCCCAAAUGCAAAGCUGAUGGAGCAGAAGAAGUUCGUCAAAUAUGGGUUAACCUCGGAGUCAUUACGGUCCUAUGUUACUUUAAUCACAGACGAAUUCAACCAUUACUUGGAGACGUCAUCUGCACUUAAGGGCGAAAAGGGAGUUCUUGAUGUUUGCAAGAGUAUUGCCGAGAUUACCAUCUUUACUGCUUCCCGGUCCUUGCAAGGGAAAGAAGUGAGAAGUAAAUUCGACUCCAGUUUCGCCCAGCUCUAUCAUGAUUUGGAUAUGGGGUUUACCGCGAUCAACUUCAUGCUCCCGUGGGCACCACUACCUCAUAACCGUAAGCGGGAUGCUGCUCAGCAAAAGAUGGCAAAGGUCUAUACAGAUAUCAUCCGCCAGCGACGGGAAGCCGGUUGCCAGAAAGACUCAGAAGACAUGGUCUGGAAUUUGAUGUCCUGUGUCUACAAGGAUGGAACCCCACUCCCAGAUAUCGAGAUUGCCCAUAUGAUGAUUGCCUUGUUAAUGGCGGGCCAGCACUCAUCCGCCUCCACUCUAUCAUGGAUCGUUCUCCGACUCGCGUCUUGCCCAAAGAUUGUUGAGGAACUAUAUGAGGAGCAGAAAGAGGUUCUUGGGGAGGAUCUCCCACCUGUAACCUACGAAACACUUCAGAAACUCACCCUCAACUCACACGUUAUCAGAGAGACCCUUCGCCUUCAUGCCCCGAUUCACUCCAUCCUCCGCGCCGUCAAGUCCCCAAUGCCCGUUGAUGGAACACGAUAUACAAUCCCGACCACUCACAACCUCCUCGCAGCUCCCGGAGUAACGUCAAGAUUACCCGAGUAUUUCCCAGAUCCCAUGACCUGGGAUCCUCAUCGCUGGGAGACCUCCACAAUGGAAAAGGAGGAGGAUCAAAACGAGGAGAAGCUGGAUUAUGGAUACGGUUUGAUUAGCAAAGGUGCCAACAGUCCUUACUUACCUUUUGGCUCCGGACGACAUCGGUGCAUCGGUGAACAAUUCGCAUAUGUACAGUUGGGAACUCUGCUCGUUGCGAUCGUCAGACAUCUGAAAUUGAGCAAAGUCGAAAACGAGACCGGUGUGCCAGAAACAGAUUAUUCGUCACUUUUUUCGAAACCUCUAGGAAGACCGCUUGUCGCAUGGGAGAAGAGAAAUCCCACCAAGAAAUAA